AUGGAGCAGGACGAGAGCUUGAGGAGUUUCUACCGGCGGGUCAAAGUGUACAGGCGGAGCGUGGGUGACGGGGAGCCUGGCCUCGGUGGUGAUAUUGGGAACUUGGACUCGCGGUUGUGCGAGUCUGAGUCUGCGCUUUCAGGCAACGACAGUCUGGAGCCUGGCACACCUGUUCUGGAUGCAGUGGACGGGCGCAAGAAGCAGCGGAGCGUCAGCGUGCGGGCCAAUGCGAAGGUGAGACCGUGUGUGUCGUUCAACACAGUACCGCUACCCAGCAAGCAUACGCUGCUGGACGAGUACGAACAGGACUUCCCCGGUGUCCAGCUGUUUCCGCAGGAGUAUACCAUGGAGGAAUACUACGACGACGAGAGUGGGUAUGUCUCCGAGGAUAAUCAAAACUAUAUGCUGCACAACAGCUACAUAACACCGGAGAUAGUUGAAAGACUGAACAAGAAUGCCACCACGAGGAGCUCAUCUCCACCUCCUCUGGACAGGGAAUAUCCAUCAGCCGGAAAACAAAAGAAAAUGUCCUCGAAGCAGCAGGCAAACAUCACCAAGAUGUUCAAGAUCGCCAAGAAUGGUAGGAUUGUGAGGGAGGAUUAUCCCAGCAGACCUACUUUGGUCAACGAUGCCUUUAUCUUGAACAGGGAUCUUAACGAUUGGCACAAUACUUGGAGAAGCAGACGGCACACCAUCGAGCAGAGGAAAGAGGACCUGUCUGAGACCUUCGAGUACCCACAGUUGUUGUUCCCACAACAGACAAAGCCCUCUGAACCCGUGAUUAUGAUGGGUGAGGAUUACAAGCCACUGACCAAAGAACAAAGAAAGAAAGAGAAGAUCAUCCACAAGAAAAUCGAGUCGACUAGUGGCCCUCGUGUGGUCUUGUGCCACAUAAGUGGCAAGCGCCAUACAUGGGUCGGCCUGGAUUGGACCAUAAAGAGGCUGAGUAAUGAUGGUGACCAUAUCGUUGUGCUUGCACACAUUCCAAGGAUGAUAUCAAGUAGACGUUUAAUCACCAGUGCUUCUGCUUCUAGAUCAAGAUCCAGGACAAGGUCAAGAAGUCGGGACGUAAAUAGGAAGGCGUAUAACAAAGGUGACUAUGAAGCUAGUGCAUUUUCAUUGGGGCAAGAUAACAACGAAAAUUUGAACAAGCAUGAAGACUUUGUAGAAUGGGCAUCCGGCUACAGUCAAGAAGAUGUAGAGACGACAAUGGAGAAUAUAUUCGAUUAUAUUGCCAACAUUUUACCCGAGGAGAGAUCGGUUAAGAUUACUGUUGAAGUGGUGGUAGGUGCUGCAUUACAUACUAUUAUUGAUGCUACCAAUGCUUAUCAACCGGACUUAAUGGUUGCUAGCACCCUUAGAUGGGAGAGAACAGACAAUUUGGUUUUAUGGAAGUCAAAUUUACUGAUUGAUAAGCUAGCUACUGUAUUCCCCUUACCAUUGUUUGUCGUUCCAGCAAGACGUAUGUUCCUGUUCGAGCAUGGACUUGAAGAAGAAUCAAAACAGAUUGAAAUAUCGCUAGAAAAGGAAAACAUAGAAAUGGAGAAAGAAAAUAAUGUCACUGGCGAUAUUGUUGAGUCUGAGGCUGAUAAAAAAAUUGUACCACCGAAAAGGAUAGGAACUAUAGGUCCACCUGAGAGAAGACUAGUUGGUGCUGAUUCAUUCACUGCUGGUUUCAAUAUGAAGCGUCCAUCUUUGGGUACUUCUGUAAGUGCACCAAUUGCUGAAAACGUAUUUGAAGAAGAAUCAGGGUCCGAAACUGGAUCUGAUGUAGAUAGUGAAUUAUCUGAUUUAUCUUCGGAUGAAGGAAACGACAAAUUAACGGUCAGAGAGAAACUUCACUUGAAAGCAAGAUCCUAUCGUUUACAAACUGCCCAAUAUUUGAAAGAUCUUGAUAACAACAAAAGUAUAUCACACGAGGAGAUUCAAAUUAAAAAGGUGGAAACGAUCAUAAAUCAAACUAUCAAAUUCUCUUUGGCCAUAGAAGAUCUUGGCAGUGAGAGUGAUGAUGAUGAUGAUGUCGGUUUGACUAAAUUGAAGCGGGUUAUAACUGGUGGUGCUGUACUUAAUCCACAGAGUGGAUCGAAAAAAUCCAUGCUAAGUGUACUUGAUAACCCUAAAACUACAAGGAAAAAGAAGUCUUUGAGUGCAACAACCAGCGGUGUGUCAGGAAAUAGGGUUCCUAGAUCUUCUCAAAUUAAGUUUGCGUCAUCGGUUAAACACAAAGAUGGCAAUAAUGCCCUGGGGAAUUCAGUCGUCCAUACGAAGCCGCAAAUUCAAGUGCAUGCCGCUUCUGAAGAUUCUUCACCAAAAUUGACUCCUAUUAGAUCUUAUAACACAGGAUCAUCAAAUCAAGCUGGAUUAAAGACUAUGAAGAGUAAUAAUUCUCUAAGGAGAGUAAAAUCCAAUGAUUCUUCUAGAAUAUCACAAUCAUCCAAAAAAUCGAGUAGCAGCACCUCCAGUGGAGGCUUUAUGUCUCUGUUCAAGGGUAAAUCAAAGGAACGCUCUGAAUCGCCCUCAUCUAAACGUAAAUCCGGAUUGAAGUUCUGGUGA